CCGAGGAGUGUGCACCGCCACUGCGCCGCAACAACGCUCAGACACGCACCCUGAGAGCCACUCCGGCGUUACCAUGAAACGGCCCUUAACGGAAACGUGUCGUUGUCUUCCGGGAGUGUGUUGAGACUCCGCACCCUGCCGGCGAGUCGCUGCUUUCGGUUUCUCUCUCCAUGGAGGUGCCGCUGCAGGACCCUGGGAAGAGGAGGGAUAAUCCCUCAGCCUCAGCUAAUCUCUUCUCCAAGAUCUUCUUCUGCUGGCUUGGUCCUCUGUUCAAAGCGGGCUAUGGGAGGAGACUGGAGGAGGAUGAUAUGUACCAUGUGCUGCCAGAGGACGGCUCGGAGAGACUGGGCGAUGAGCUGCAGCGGUAUUGGGAUGAGGAGGUUCUGCGUGCCAAGGAAGACCUACGGCCUCCAAAACUCACCAAAGCUCUCAUCCAGUGCUACUGGAAGUCCUACAUCUUCAUCGGGGUAUACAUCUUCUUGGAGGAGACCAUUAAGGUGGUGCAGCCCGUCCUGCUGGGGCAGCUCAUCGUGUACUUUGAGAGCUACCCCCACGACGCCUCGGCCUCCCUGCCUGAGGCCUACGGCUACGCCGGCGCUGUGUGCGUGUCCACCGUCUUCCUGGCGCUGCUCCACCACCUCUACUUCUACCACGUCCAGAUGGCCGGCAUGAAGAUCCGCAUCGCCAUGUGUCACAUGAUCUACCGGAAGGCUCUACGUCUCAACAGCAAAGCCUUGGCUAAAACGACUACGGGACAAAUUGUGAACCUUUUAUCCAAUGACGUCAACAAAUUUGAUGAGGUCACCCUGUACCUCCACUUCCUCUGGCUCGGCCCGCUGCAGGCCCUGGCCGUGAUGCUGCUGCUGCUGUUCCUGAUCGGGCCGUCCUGCCUGGCGGGCAUGACCGUCCUGGUGGUGCUGAUCCCAGUGCAGACGGUGUUCGGACGCCUCUUCUCCACCCUGAGGGCCCAAACAGCCUCCCUCGCAGACGACCGCAUCCGCAUGAUGAGCGAGGUGGUCUCGGGCAUCCGCAUCAUCAAGAUGUACGGCUGGGAGAAGCUGUUCACUGAGCUGGUGAACGAGGUUCGGAGGAAGGAGUGUUCCCGCAUCAUGAAGAGCUCCUACCUGCGCGCCCUCAAUAUGGCGUCCUUCUUCGUGGCCAACAAGGUCAUCGUCUUCAUCGCGCUCAGUGCCUACGUCCUGGCGGGAAACAAGAUGGCCGCCAGCACGGUGUUCGUGGCGCUCUCGCUCUACGGCGCUGUCCGGCUGACCAUCACCCUCUUCUUCCCCUCGGCCAUCGAGAAGGUGUCGGAGACACUGAUCAGCGUCCGGAGGAUCAGGAGCUUCCUGCUGCUGGAGGAGGUGGUUCCUCAACCCACUGGUCUUCCAGAGACCGAGUCAAAGGACUGCAUGGUUCAGGUCCAGGACCUGAAGUGCUACUGGGACAAGACGCUGGACUCCCCGACGCUGCAGAAGCUGUCCUUCACGCUGCGGUCAGGGGAGCUGCUGGCUGUGGUCGGACCGGUCGGCGCUGGGAAGUCCUCCCUCCUCGGGGCUAUCUUGGGAGAGCUGAACCAGGAGAGCGGGGUCCUUAAGGUCAAAGGUCGGCUGACCUACGCCUCCCAACAGCCCUGGAUCUUCCCCGGGACGAUCCGGAGCAACAUCCUGUUCGGGAAGGCCCUGAUCCCCCAGAAGUACGAGAGGGUGCUGCAGGCCUGCGCCCUGAAGAAGGACAUGGCCCUCCUGCCUGACGGGGACCUGUCUCUGAUCGGGGACCGGGGAGCCAACCUCAGCGGGGGCCAGAAGGCCCGCAUCAACCUGGCCAGGGCGGUGUACCAGGACGCAGACAUCUACCUGCUGGACGACCCCUUGAGCGCGGUGGACUCCGAGGUGGGCAGACACCUCUUUGAGGAGUGUAUCUGCGGCGUGCUGAAGAAGAAGCCGCGCAUCCUCGUCACCCACCAGCUGCAGUACCUGAAGGCGGCGCACCACAUCCUGGUGCUGAAGGAGGGCAGCAUGGUGGCUCACGGGACGUACAGCGAGCUGCAGGGCUCGGUUGACUUCCUGUCCCUGCUGAAGAGGGGGGAGGACGAGGAGGGGGGGGGGAAGGGGGACGAGCGGCCCGAGCCCCCCCCCCUGUCGCCGGGCCGUUCCUGCUCGGGCUCCGUGGCCUCCCUGUCCCCGUCGCUGGGGGCUUCGCUGCACUCCCUGACGGAGACCCCUCCGCUCCACGACGAGGAGGCAUCCAAACCGAUGGCGGAGGAGAGUCGUUCGGAGGGAACCAUAGGCCUGCGUCUGUACCUCCAGUACCUAACGGCCGGGGCCCACUGGCUGCUGCUGCUCUCCCUGAUCCCUCUGAACCUCCUGGCCCACACUGCAUAUAUUCUCCAGGACUGGUGGCUUGCUAACUGGGCCUCGGAGCAGGGCCGUGCAGACCGCGGAGCCCACCCCAAUGGAGCCCCCCCACCACGGCUGGACCUUCCCCUCUACCUCGCUGUUUACGCAGGUCUCACGGCGGCGUCGGUGGCGUUGGGCUUCGUGCGGAGCCUGGUGUUCUUCAACGUCCUGGUGCGCUCGGCACAGAGCCUGCACAACGCCAUGUUCACCGCCAUGCUGCGCAGCCCCGUGCGCUUCUUCGACCUCAACCCCAUCGAUGGACACGAUGUGAGGCACUGA